AUGACACUAGCUACUAUAAGUCUGGUCUUGUCUAUAGUCGUAAAGCAAACAAGUACUCCUCAAGGUGCCAUGUCUAUUUGGAAUAUUACUCUAUUCAUACAAGGAUGCUUUAUAGUUAUUAUCACGGCUCAGUUGACAGUCCUUACUAGACCUGAAACCCUCGUCUCCUCCAGUGGCAGUGUGGUUGAGGGAUCAGUGAUCCAGAUCUACUGUACUGUAGAGGAUAAUACUACUGUCACCUUCACAUGGACUCUCAAUGGAAGCUCUCUGUUGAACGAUCCACCUCACAUUCGUAUCAGGGAAGACAAUCUCCCUGAGCGCUCGGCAUCAUUGCUCAAUGAUGACUCCACGUCUGUGCUCACUGUAGACAAUCUCAGAGCCUCUGAUGAUGGGGUCUAUCAGUGCACUGCUACUAGUGGAGCUACUUCUGGCAAUGGAACUGCUGUCACACUAACAGCAAUGUCAUCUACUACUGCUGGAACAUUGGUGUUGACUAAUCAGCCCUCUCUCAAUGAACCUGUUGACUACUUCUUCAGCCUCAAUGACAACCGGACUGGGAUAGCUCUUGGUGGCACUGUCGAUGGUUCUCUACUGAUAUGCACUGCUGAACACCAAGGUGAUAGAGUGAUGGACUUCCCCGCCUCGUCUGUGGUGUGGGUGAGGAGCGGACAAGUUGUGGAUGAUACUGACUCACGAAUCACCAUCACCUCGACCACAAUCAGUGGACGAGUGACCAGUUUUCUGACUAUCACUAACUUUGGACUGCCUGAUGCAGGAGUGUACCAGUGUGUCUUCACUGAUAACAAUGAUGGUGGGGAGGUCAUCACAUCAAUACCUUAUCAAUUGGAUGCAGGUACAACCAUUCGUGUUGAGAGAGUCUCUUCUGAGGUCAUUAUUUUACGUCCUCCUGAAAAGCUGGUCAUUGAAGUGAGAGUGUCAGGAGAGUAUAAAGUGAUUUUCUGGCGCAAAGGGUUAAUAAGCAGUUUCAUACCUGGUCAAAUGCGUCCUCAAGAGUUUCCCAACUAUUCUGAGACAUUUGUACGAGGCAACACCACUGCUGAUGAUGAGGGGUUCUACAUUGUUCAACCUCAACUCAAGUCUGGAACAAGUCAAACUCAUCCCAUCAUACCAACUGGUGGUGUUGAUUUUGGAGUAAUUGCGCCAGAUGAUGCCACCACGACAUCUCUCAGUACCUCUACUAUUGUAAUCCCCGAGGGAGGCAGUGCAGACAUCUCUUGUAGAUCAGUGGGAGCCCCCGUUCCCAGUAUCACAUGGGAGUUCAACAACCAAACCACUGAUUUUGAGCAGACAGACACAGAGACACCAUUUGUAACUACACUGACUGGAACUAUUGGAAACAGAGGUGUUGACGUAACUCCUGGUAACAUUGAGUCAUCCCUCCAUAUUGUGAGUGCCAUAUACCCUGAUCAUAAUGGAGUGUACACUUGUAUUGGUACCAACUCUGAUGAACUCACUGUCGCUAGCAGCAGUGCCUUCAUCACUGUACAAGUUAAUGUUGUUCCUGAGGUAGAGAUCAAUACUACUGAUACUGUUGUCGGCAUUGGAAACAAUGUCAUCAUCACCUGCUUUGUACUAAGGGGAAACCCCUCUAAUUACAUGUACAACAUUACUAACAUUGCAACGGGCAGUACAACAACUGGAUCAACCCGUAUAUUGACUGAUAUUCAGAUGACCGAUGUUGGUACCUAUCGUUGUGAUGUCACCAAUGAUGCUGGAACUGGGACCAGUAAUACUGUGACAAUACAGCUGGGGGACCCUCCUGUUGUGACCACCAUUCAGCCAGACCCUGUGAUACUGAACAACAAUGUGGACCUGGUCUGUGUUGUAACAGGAGACACUCCUAUAGAAAUUGUUUGGGAGCGGUUUGACGUAGCCAAUACUGUAGAAGUUUUUUACACUGGGAAUGACACAACUGGUGGAAACUUCAGUUUAAUAGCAAGUGCCAAUAACUAUGGGAUGUACCGCUGUAAUGCAACAAGUCGUUUUGGAAUGGACUCUUCAUCCAUUAUUAUCGUUAAAGCUGGUUAGGGAAUUAUAAUAAUUAUUGUCUAAAGUAACGUAAUGUGCAUUUUUCGCAUGGUUUACAUACUUGGCACUUACGGCAAUCUGAUUGGUCAGAGGAAGUGUUCUAUCUAACUUAGAAAUCAUGUACUUACUUAGACAAUCAUGUAGUUUACUUAGACAACACUAUAGGCAAUCAUGUACACAGCCAAAAAUCCACGGGGCGUGUCAGGUCCAUUACAUGUCCGUUAUAUCCCUGAUACGGGACCGUUGGGUAAACACUACUAAACCAGCGUGUGGCCACCAAGUAUAUACUACA